AUUCGUAUCGUUAUGCAAAUACCUUUUUUUUCUCUCUCUUCGUGGUUGGAGAGCCUCAUCUUCGAAACUUCGACCCAACAAGUCUCUCUCUCUCUCUCCACUGCUCCACCAACUACCACAACUGCACCACCACCACUCAACACCCAAGCAAAGCUCCGCAAAUCCAACGGACUGCAAGUCUCCACAUUCAAUUCCAGUACAUUCAAUGGCGAUAGUACCUUGUGGAAGUACAUGGGUGGCUCGGUGGGGACAACCUCAAUUUGUAUUAAGAUCUUUUGUUACAAACAAGUUGCCUACAUCUUCAAAUUGUGUAUCAAGCAAGAUAAGAGCCUUGGCAUCACCAAGUUCAAGCAUAUUUUCUCAAGAUUCGUUGCGUGCACUAUUUAAUAUGGGGUCAUCUAGGAAUCCAAUUCACCAUAGGGGAGCUCGUUUGAUUGUCAGAGCUAAUAGUGAUUUUUAUGCUGUCCUUGGGGUGCCAAAAAAUGCUAGCAAGUCUGAAAUCAAAAGUGCUUAUCGGAAGCUUGCCAGAAGUUAUCAUCCUGAUGUGAACAAAGAACCCGGAGCAGAGCAGAAAUUUAAGGAUAUCAGUAACGCUUAUGAGGUUUUGUCAGAUGAUGAGAAACGUUCCAUAUAUGACAGGUAUGGAGAAGCUGGCCUUAAAGGUGUUGGCAUGGGCACAGGGGAUUUCAGCAACCCCUUUGAUCUGUUUGAGUCAUUAUUUGAUGGCUUGGGUGGUAUGGGCGGGAUGGGUGGUAUGGGCAUGGGUGGACGGGGCUCUCGGAGUAGGGCAACAGAGGGCGAGGAUCAGAUCUACAAUCUGGUUUUGAACUUCAAAGAUGCUGUAUUUGGGGUAGAAAAGGAGAUUGAUAUAACUCGGCUUGAGUCAUGUGGAACCUGUGAUGGGUCAGGUGCCAAACCGGGGACCAGUCCUGCGAGAUGUAGCACAUGUGGUGGACAAGGGCAAGUUGUCCAGUCAGCAAGAACCCCAUUGGGUGUCUUCCAACAGGUAAUGACCUGCUCUGCUUGUGGUGGGACCGGGGAGACUUCGACUCCUUGCAAUUCAUGUGGUGGUGAUGGGCGACUACGGAAGUCAAAACGGAUUAGCCUAAAAGUUCCGGCCGGGGUUGAUGGCGGCAGCCGGUUAAGGGUCCGGGGUGAAGGUAACGCAGGAAAGCGAGGCGGGCCCCCUGGAGACCUCUUUGUGAUUAUUGAUGUUCUUCCGGAUCCUGUCUUGAAACGAGACGAUACUAAUAUUCUCUACAGUUGCAAGGUUUCUUAUAUCGAUGCAAUUUUAGGAACUACAAUGAAGGUUCCCACUGUUGACGGCAUGGUUGACUUGAAGAUCCCGGCCGGUACUCAGCCCGGAACAACCCUAGUGAUGGCCAAAAAGGGUGUACCAUUCCUUAACAAAAGCAACCUCAGGGGUGAUCAGUUGGUGAAGGUGCAAGUUGAGAUCCCAAAACGAUUGAGCGGUGAAGAGAGGAAACUUAUUGAAGAACUCGCUGACCUAAAGAAGGCGAAACCUCUCAACAGCAGGAGAUAGUGGAAGUCGGGGGUGGUUGUCUUUCGCUGUUUAAUAGGUAUUUGUUCUUUCUUUCCCUCUUGGUUGUGGAGUGAUCGUGUUGGUAGUGGGAAUUUUCACAAUGAUUGUCAACUGGUGUAGCUGCAGCAGCUGCUUUUUGUGGUAGGGAAUUUUUCAGGGUUAGUUUUUGUAUUGUGUAUUACAUACAUUUAUACUCAAGGGAAGGAAGAAAGAGGUUAACAGGGAGACUUCUCUGCCAUUUAUUCUGGAAACUGGCCUUUUCGUUUCUCUUUUCAUGGUCUUUGAUUACAUAUUUAUUGGACUGUAAAUUUUGGGUGAAACCCCACAAUUUUGUUAUUCUAUUCUCAUGUUUUAUCGUACAAUUCUAGUUUAUUGCAAAA